GAGACAAACAAAUGAUGUCCCACGUUGUUGCUUUGCAAGUUGCGGCUCUCUGACUCUCUCUACCAACACAACCGUUUUCUGUCGCCGGAAAAUCCUCAUUGAUCUUUCUCUCCGGUGAUCCUCUCCGAUCCGCCGCCAUGAGUUCCGGCGAGCUACUCCAGAUACAGCCUCAGGAGCUGCAGUUUCCCUUUGAAUUGAGGAAGCAGAUCUCAUGCUCUUUGCAGUUGUCUAACAAAACAGAUAACUAUGUGGCUUUCAAGGUUAAAACGACAAAUCCGAAGAAGUAUUGUGUUAGACCUAACACUGGAGUUGUGUUGCCUAGGUCUACAUGUGAUAUUAUUGUAACAAUGCAAGCUCAAAAGGAGGCACCCCCUGACAUGCAAUGCAAGGACAAGUUUCUUCUUCAAAGUGUAAUUGCAAGUGCUGGGGCAACCACAAAAGAUAUCACUCCGGAAAUGUUCAAUAAAGAAUCUGGCCAUGAUGUUGAAGAGUGCAAAUUGAGAGUUGUUUAUGUUGCUCCUCCUCAACCACCUUCCCCGGUUAAGGAAGGAUCCGACGAAGAUUCAUCACCACGUGCAUCUGUAUCAGAGAAUGGACAUUCAAGUAUUUUGGAAUUUACUGGGGCUUCAAAAGCUUUCACUGAGCGGGGUGACCAUCAGGAUACUUCAUUUGAGGCAAGAGCUCAUAUUUCAAAGGUAAAUGAGGAAAGGAAUUCUGCUAUUGAGCAAAAUAAAAGGCUUCAGCAAGAACUGGAGCUUUUGAGGCGCGAAGCCAGCAGAAGCCGAGGUGGUGUACCAUUCAUGUAUGUAGUUCUUGUUGGCUUCAUUGGCAUCAUUUUGGGUUUGCUAUUGAAGAGGACGUGACCUGUGUGAUUGCCAGAUUCUCCAAAAUGAUCAAUUGUAGAAAGCAUCAAGAAGAAAAAUGUUUGUGAUGUGCAAAAAACAGUUGUUGUCUUAUUGUCCUGUGUUGCUCCUAGAAAUUUGGAAUGUGUGGUCAGAGAUAGCUACUUCUCUCGGCAAUAGCAAAUCAUAGACAGUGGACAAAAUUUGUAUCAUGGAAACUGUAUUGUUAUCUUAUGUGGUACAUGUGAUUAAUUCUUUAGCAGCUCCUAUUAUCCGCGUCCCCAUAAUGCAAAGUCAUUGGCACUAUGAUAGUGCUUUUCAAUAUUAUGAAGCCAUAUAAUUCU